ACGCCGCGGGCUGCGGAGGCCGGAGUGCAUUCACUCUUUAAUCGCGACUAGCGUCAUCAAGUAAACAAGUUUUCCACAAAGUGCCACACACGGAAGAUAGGAACGAUAGAUACACAGAGAAAUUGAACAUUAAAGUUUUAUUAAACGUUUAAUCAUCUUGAAGGAGCAAAUAUUAAAACUUCAACCAUAUAUAACAUAAGUUCUAGUAAAAGUGAGUGCGUCAGCUGUAAUAUUAAGAAAUCAGUGCAAAGGUUAUUUCAUCAUAAUGGACGCCACAAUGGAAAAUAAAAUGGGCCUACCACCGCCGUACGAACAGAUGCCACCUCAUCCUGCGCCGCCGCCAUCUUACUAUGCAAACGCACCAUCUCCGCCACCACCGGUCACGGAUAACCCCCGCACACUUGUGGUUACAUCUGCCCCCAGAACGAACACUGCUUCAAUCAAAAUGGGUCCAGGACCUACCGGUACAGUGUGCCCUACGUGCAAUAAGUCAAUAGUGACAAGGGUAGAAUACGUAUCAAACAAUCGAACGCAUAUCGUAUCUGCAGCUCUUUGUGUUAUUGCCGGAUGCUGCUGUGGCUGCUUGGUUCCGUAUUGCAUCAAGUCCUGUAAAACAGCGAAUCAUUACUGUCCUCAAUGCAGAGCCUUUAUAGGCACCCACGUUCCUUCGUAAUCAAUAUUCUUGAUCUAGGUAAUUGUAAGCGUACUUAAGGUCCAUUAAAUAAGUAGAUCAAGUUUAAAAUUAACCUCUACAGGGUAUUUAUCUCGCUCGACUCGGUUUGGUACUUUGAAAAAUAGUAUUUUUAAAUGCAAUUUUUUAUUUUAUGAUAACAUUUCUAAGCAUCUACGGAAUUAUGUUUUUUUUUAUAAAAUAAGUAAGUAAGUAAGGAUUUUUUUUUAUAUAAUUACAAUAGAACUUGAUUGAAAAAUAUGAAUCGAAAGGUUGUGUGUAGAUUGGUGUUUAGGUUUCAUGUCUCUAUCUAAUAAAAUCAAAUUCUCCUUAUUUGUUUAACAAACGUUCGCUCGAAUUUAAUUAUUUUUAAUUUUAUUUAGAUUAUAUAUUUUUUAUUAUUAAGAAUUUUCUUGAAACUGAAAUGUAUAAUCUCUUUAUUAGAAAAUUAAGAACAAUAAAGAUCUUAAUGUUAUAUACACGACCUUAAUUUCUAAUUAAAAUUGUAUACUGGCUGAAUAGUUUUACACCGAUGCCUCUUUCUGCCAACACUUAUUUGACAUUGGAUAGAAAAAAAAACACAUUGUCUAACUUAAAAUGUCACGCUCAUUAUAUUAUUUUUGGUGUAACCGGUGUUCAAUUUUAUAAUAGUAAGAGAAUAUAAUAUAUAUUAUGAUAGUCGAAUAAAUAUAAAUAAUUUUGCUCCAUAGUGUAAUAUAUUUUUAUUAUAUCAAUUCGUAUUUAUUUAUGAUUACAAAACAGGGACUAUAAUUAUAACCUAAUAAAAUACCUCGCUUUUUUUUCGCCUCAGAAGUAAUAUUGGAAUGAAAUAAAAUUGUAUUAAUUGUUAAUUUUUUAUUUAGCUAAAGCUUAUAACUAUGCCUGAACGAAAAAAGAAACUAAAAAAAACUUCUGUGAUAAAUUUUAUAUAAAUAUAAUAUAUAAGCAGUGCUAUUCUGUGCGAGUUACAUUCAUAUUACACUUAGGAAAAAGUAUAUGUAUAUUUGAAUGCAUGUAUCCUUUAAAUUAAAUAAUUAUUUUGCAUUUCACUUUCCAAAAUUACACUUUUUCUGCUGUGAUUUCUAAGUUUGAUCGUACAGAAUAGCUCAACUAUUAACUAAAUGAAAUUUCCAUAAAUUAAAUUAAAAAUAUAAUAUAGAUUUUUAAUUAACUGUUUUAAACCGUAUUAUACCAAUUAUUGUGAAAUAGUGAAAUUUAAAUUUGUGCACCUCGAAUAUUCCCGGAAAAUCGAAAGUUUAUUCGAUUUUAUGGUAACACUUGCCUUACAUGCAUGUUCCAAAGCUUUGUCGCAAUUAUUGAUAAGAUUAAACAAAGACAGCGAUAUUAAUUAGAAAGAUCUUCAGAAAGGGUCUGUGCUACUUUUCUCAAAUACUGAAUUUCGUUAUACAAUAACGUCUUGAAUACAUAAUCUCUGGACAAACAUUGUGCUAUUAUUAUAAUAAAAAAAUAUUGUUAAUUUUUUUUUAAUUAUAAUUUAAUUAAGCAAAUGAAUUAUUUUAAUAAAAAUCGA